AUGUCGCAGCGCGUAGGCUCGACUUCGCUCGCCUUUGCCCGUGUGUGGCACCAAGUGGACGCGCGCGAACGUGUCCUGGGCCGCCUAGCGCGCUCGAUUGCCGUGACGCUGAUGGGCAAGCACAAGCCCAUCUACGACCCGGCCGUCGACGCAGGCGACUAUGUCGUGGUGACGAACGCCUCGCACAUUGCUGUGACGGGCCGCAAGGCCGAGCAGAAGCUGUAUCGCCACCACACCAUGUACCCCGGUGGCCUGAAGGAGAUCCCCUUCAAAGCCAUGCUCCAGUCGAAGCCGGAGGAGAUUCUGCGCCGCGCCGUGUCGGGCAUGCUCCCGAAGAACAAGCUUCGCGAGCGCCGACUGGAGCGCCUGAAAAUCUUCCCAGACGAGUCGCACCCGUACGGGGCCAAGUACGUUGCCUACCUAACACCAGCAUUGCCAAGCGCUACGACGGCCCCUCGGCGUAACUAG